UUGUUGUUUCGGUCACUGUUGCAAACGGGAUGCGACGACGUGCCGCAGUAAUUGGACUAGUUUUCUACCGUGAAACAAACUCUAUGUGUUGGAAUUGAGGGGCACCAUCCAGCGAAUUUUGUUUUUACUCGCAAGGAAUAUCACCGCGACUUUUUCUGUUAGUGCAGGGUUGCUUCCAACUUGGCUACCAUUUCGAUGUCUUCUAACAGAAACACGACUUCAGUCGCCACCGGUGCCUUUUCGAAGUAGCCUACUUCGGAGGAUUUUUCCGUAUUUAGUCCAAGAAUGCAUCAUUAGGACACAUGUAACUGAGCGUCCAGUCUCAGUACUGUAUAUGGACUGACUACUGGAUUAAACGCAAUUGGACUCAUCAGAAACAAGGCGUAAAUGGAUCGUCAUUCCAGUUACAUUUCGAUCUGGUUUCAAUUGGAACUAUGUGCCAUGGCUGUUCUCCUCACUAAAGGAGAGAUCAGGUGUUACUGUGAUGCCCCACACUGCGUUGCCACCGGUUACAUGUGCAAGUCAGAGCUCGGCGCAUGUUUCACGCGGGUCCUUGACCCACUGAGCGUGAACUCUCCCCUCACGCAUGGAUGCGUGGACUCAUUCACGAACCCUGUGGACAUUUGCCUUGCGAAAAGCUUGGAUGUAUUGCCCGGAGGUUCCCCCGUGCUGGAGUGCUGUCAUGAGGAUAUGUGCAAUUACAGAGGACUGCACGAUCUGGGACAACCCCGCGGUGAUCCAACAGAUCAUGGACGAUCACAGACAGACAAUGGGCCCAACAGGCACUUGGUGACGCGGGUGACCGAGCUGUCGUCGGGCAAGGAGGUGUGGUUCCGGGCGGCGGUGAUCGCCGUGCCCAUCGCCGGAGGUCUGAUCCUGGUCCUGCUCAUCAUGCUGGCGUUGCGCAUGCUGCGAAGCGAGAACCGGCGGCUACAGGCCCAGCGCCAGCAGAUGCUCUCCCGGCUGCACUACAGCUUCCAUGGGCAUCAGGCCAAGAAGGGCCUGCCCGCCGCCGCCACCCUGGCCAAGCUGGACCUGGAGUGCAUGGUGCCGCUGGGCGCCGGCGCCGAGAGCUGCUGCCUGGCCUGCGACAAGCUCCGGCAGGCCGAGCUGGCUGGGGUCACGUCCGGCGGAAUUGGAGGAGGAAGUGGUGGAGGUGUUGGAGGAGAACGCAUCCUGUCGCUGGUGCACUGGGGAGUCUACAGUGGACAUGGGAAGCUGGAGUUUGUAUGACACGGACGACAUAGACGACUCACGCUUCCAACUGGCGUCAGAGGAAGAGUCUGAACUCUUUUUCAUAACAAAAC